UAUCAUUGUUCAUGAUGCUCUUGGGUAUGGGGAGUGCCACUUAUCCCUUGCAAUACCAAAAUAUGGGAUUUUUGGGAACAUUAACUCACUGAAUGAGCUAGCACAAAUGCCUCAAUGGACUAGAGAGAAACCUCUGCGAGUUGCUACUGGCUUCACCUAUUUGGGUCCCAAAUUUGUGAAAGAAAAUGGACUGGACCAUCUGAGUUUUUCCACAGCUGAUGGAGCACUUGAGGCAGCUCCUGCGAUGGGGAUAGCUGAUGCAAUUUUGGGCCUUGUGAGUAGUGGGAUAACACUGAAAGAAAACAAUUUGAAAGAGAUCGAGGGAGGAGUUGUGUUGCGAAGUCAAGCAGUUCUUGUUGCAAACAAGAGAUCCUUGCUCAAAAUGAAAAGUGCACUUGAAACGACACAUGAGAUUCUGGAAAGAUUGGAGACACAUCUAAAGGCAGAGGGUCAGUAUACGGUGGUUGCAAAUAUGAGGGGAAAUAGUGCACAAGAAGUGGCUGAGCGAGUCCUUAGCCAGCCAUCAUUAGCUGGUUUGCAGGGACCCACUAUAAGUACAGUGUAUUGCAAACGUGAUGGGCAAAUAAAAGCAGAUUACUACGCCAUUGUCAUACGUGUGCCAAAAAAGGCCCUCUACAAGUCUGUACAACAACUGAGAGCGAUCGGAGGCUGUGGGGUUCUAUAUUCCACUUUGACUUACAUUUUUGAUGAAGAAACUCCAAGAUGGCGUGAACUUCUAGCAAAACUUGGCCUCUAAUUGUCUGUGGUGUACGUAUGUCCUCGGAGACUUUGUUGCAUAUUUUGUAGCUAUAUCAAUGCUGAAGAUUUUGUUGAGCACAUCUUUGAUACCUGCAAAUGGUUAAAACUAGAAAGGAUGCACUGCAUGAGGAUUUUAUUUGAAAAGUCGGAUCUUUGUACCCUGCUAUAUGAGUCGA